UUGACAUUAUAAUUAAAAUGAUUGCUUUGUUUGGAUUCAUUUUGAUUUUGGUUUUAUCAAAUUUUGAGUUUGGCUACUGUAUCCAUUUUCCAAUAAAUUCUGCUGCCAUUGGAAAUGCAUCUGCUGGUAUUUCUCGAGAGUAUCAACUGAUAUUCGCCCAUGUUUUGUACCGUCAUGGAGAUCGUAAUAUCGUCGGAACGUUUCCGAAAAAUCAAUACUCGGACUUAAAGUACUGGCCUGGUGGCUACGGAGCCCUUACCAAUGUUGGAAAACGACAACAAUAUGAAUUGGGAAAAUACAUACGCAGGCGCUAUUUGAAAAAACUAAUCAGCGAGUAUUACUUACCGAACGAAGUGUAUAUUCGAAGCACCGAUGUCGAUCGAACACUGAUUUCCGCACAAUGUAAUUUGGCUGGACUGUAUCCUCCGACGGGGCAACAGGUUUGGCAAGCCUCUUUCAAAUGGCAACCGAUACCCGUACAUACAGUUGCACUGGAAUCCGAUUAUCUUUUAUAUCCAGUGCCCACAUCAUGCCCACGAUUCACUCAUUACUUUAAUGAGUAUUUGCAGUCCGUUGAAAUGAAAUCGCUAAUGCGAGAACACAAAGAUUUUAUUGAUUUUUUGCGAAAAAAUUCUGGAAUACAGAAUAUGACUUUGGAAGCUCUAACAAUAUUAUACGACACACUUUUUGUUCAAAAUUUAAAAGGUUUUGCGCUGCGAGACUGGGAGAAAAAGGCAUUUAAUUCAAAUCGAACGUUGGCUUAUUUGGCCGGCGUUUACUAUGAAGCGUUUAGCCAUACGAAGGAAAUGAAAAAACUGGAGGCUGGAUUCUUACUCAAGGAAAUUUUGGAUCGAUUUAAAAACAAGUCUUUAUCGCUACUCCAACGUUCACUUCAUAUAUACUCAGCCCACAAUUUGACCAUCGCAAACGUGUUGAACACCCUCAACUUCUUUAAAGAUUUGCACAUUCCACCGUACGCAUCCAGUAUGUAUUUUGAGCUUUACAAACGUGGUGCAGAGUACUUUGUUCAGUUCUUCUAUAGAAGAACACCAACGGAAACAGCUCCACUGAAAAUUUUAAACUGUGAUGUAAUGUGCCCUUUGAAACGGGUUUAUGAAAUUUACAAAGAUGUUUUACCCAGCGAUACAGAGAGUUAUGCAACCUUAUGCCGAUUACCAAAUUGAAUAUACGAUUUUAUUGUUAAUUAUUUGUAACACUUUUCUUUUUCAAAUAUGUUGCUCAAUCCUUUAAGUGAACUGUAAAGUGAUGUAUGAACAAAAUGACAAUAAUAAACUCCAAAUCUUGCCCAACAUAGUAAUAAUUGUGGCACAAGAAAA